GGGAGACCCUGGACCCCUCCUCACGGCCAGCGGGACCCAGGCGUACCCUGAGCCUGAAGCCCCCACCCCACGGAGCUGAGGUGUCUCCUCCCAUUUGAACAAGAGGGGGCUCUGGAGGAAGCCCUUUCAGCAGCUCGUCAGGACCCUGUAGAAGAAGGGCUCAAAGCAACCAGCUCACCGCCCAUUCCCCCUUCUCUCGGAAGGAAGGAAAGAAGGAAGGAAGGCAAGAGCAAAGCCCCUUCUACCAACCAUGACACUAAACACCCAGCAGGAAGCAAAGACCCCCCUGCGCCGGCGGGCCAGCACUCCACUGUCCCUGUCCCCCAGGGGCCGCCAGCCUGGCCUCCUGAGCACAGCACCCUCCACUCACUCGCAGCAUCCCCGGCUGGGCCAAUCAGCCUCCCUCAACCCUCCCACCCAGAAACCUUUGCCUGCCCCUGACGACUGGUCCUCUGAAUCCAGCGACUCUGAAGGCUCCUGGGAGGCCCUGUACCGUGUGGUGCUGCUUGGAGAUCCCGGCGUAGGGAAGACCAGCCUGGCCAGCCUCUUUGCAGGGAAGCAAGAACGGGACCUCCAUGAACAGCUGGGAGAAGAUGUGUAUGAGAGGACCCUCACAGUGGAUGGAGAGGACACCACACUGGUGGUCGUGGACACCUGGGAGGCCGAGAGACUGGAUAAAAACUGGAGCCAGGAGUCGUGCCUGGAGGUGGGCAGUGCCUACGUCAUCGUGUACUCCAUCGCUGACCGAGGCAGCUUUGAGAGUGCCUCCGAGCUCCGCAUUCAGCUGCGGCGCACACAUCAGGCGGACCACGUGCCCAUCAUCCUCGUGGGCAACAAGGCAGACCUGGCCCGCUGCCGGGAAGUCUCCGUGGAAGAGGGCCGCGCCUGCGCCGUGGUGUUCGACUGUAAAUUCAUCGAGACGUCGGCCACCCUGCAGCACAACGUGGCGGAGCUCUUCGAGGGCGUGGUGCGCCAACUGCGCUUGCGCCGCCGGGACUGCGCGGCCCGGGAGCUGCCCGCGCCCCGACGGCGGGUCAGUCUCGGCCAGCGCGCUCGCCGUCUCCUUGAGCGCCUGACGGCCCGCAGCGCCCGCCGCCGGGCACUUAAGGCCCGCUCCAAGUCUUGCCACAACCUGGCCGUGCUCUGAGGACAUCUGCUUUUCUGGGGGUGGCGGGUCACUGGGAGAGCAUUCUGGGCCCCACCGACGCCACUGAGGGGCAGAAGCGCCGUUACCUAGGGCCGGCAUCGUGGGCCUUGCUUGCCCGCCGCCCCGAUGAGCGGAUCAUCCCCCACGGCCAGAGCCUGAGGACCCCCCUGCUCCAGAGAAGCGAUGGACAGACAUAGGGCCGAAGCCCCAAGCUGGGCACAAAGUAGGGUUUUUUACAUGGUGGAUGUCUUUUUGUAAAAAUCUUCCUUGUCCCUGAGGUCUGGCCAACCCCCAGAAACCCCUCAGUAAAGCAGACCAGAAGGAUGUCCCUUCUGAAUGCCCAGAUCUCUCUGGGAGUGUUCCAGGAUGUCCAC